AUGAAAGGUCCUGAAGGAAAUUCUUCAGCUUCUACAUUUUCCAAGUGGCAGUCUUUUGGAUCUCUGGAUUUGGAUUACAUCCACUAUGGAAGUUAUGGAUCUGAAGAUGCUUCAUUGACAAUUGGUUCCCUUUUUACGGAUUCGAAGAAUUCUCCUCAUCUUCGGAUUUCUUUUGAAGAUGAUUCUUUAAUUGCUGGGGGAAAAGUUAAGUUUUCCGUCACUUGUUAUUUUGCGAAGCAGUUUAAUGCUCUUAGAAAGAAAUGCUGCCCCGGUGAAGUGGAUUUUGUACGUUCCUUGAGCCGCUGCAAGAGAUGGAGUGCACAAGGGGGAAAGAGCAACGUGUACUUUGCGAAGUCUUUGGAUGAAAGAUUCAUUAUAAAACAAGUCCAGAAGACUGAGUUGGAAUCUUUCGAGGAAUUUGCACCCCAGUACUUCAAGUAUUUGACAGAUUCUCUCAGCUCAGGAAGUCCAACAUGCCUUGCUAAAGUUCUUGGUAUUUAUCAGGUAACCGUCAAACACUUGAAAGGUGGCAAAGAAACAAAAAUGGAUCUGAUAGUGAUGGAAAACCUCUUUUUCAAAAGAAGUAUCUCAAGGGUCUAUGAUCUUAAGGGCUCUUCACGAGCUCGUUACAAUGAAGAUACAACAGGGACAAACAAAGUAUUGCUUGAUAUGAAUCUUAUAGAAACACUGCGUGCAAAACCCAUAUUCCUUGGGAGCAAGGCAAAGAGAAGCCUCGAACGGGCUGUUUGGAAUGAUACUUCUUUUCUAGCGUCUGUUGACGUGAUGGAUUAUUCAUUGCUGGUGGGGGUGGAUGAUGAGAGCAAAGAGCUGGUUCUAGGGAUCAUUGAUUUCAUGAGACAAU